AUGGUCGACACAAAUUCUAUGAAGAGCGCGUUCAUGGGCAUGGCUCGGUCCGCCUGCGAAAUAACAGAGACCCUUAUAGAAGCCUAUGCUCCCUACAAAGAAAUGAACCGGAGUGUGGCCGCAACAUAUGGAAUUCUCCAGAGUUGUCUGCCACAGUUCCGUAUAUUCAAGACGGGCAGGCUGUUCGAGGGCUUCGUCUUGCCGAACCCUGAUGAGAAUAGCCUUACGCGGGUCGAAAUACUAGCCGCCAUGGCUAGAGUCAAGGUGGGUAUUAACGGGUUUCAACAAAAUGAGCGCGCUUUACGAUUGCCCAAUGGAGAACUACGAGAAAGGCUUUUGUGUAGCCGCGGGGUCCUGGAUAAAAUUUCGGAAAAUCUAUUGGAUUUAGCAAAGGGUUUCAAUACGGCUCUAAAGGCAAUCGCUCGUCACAAAGCUUCUCCGGAAACGCCUAGGAGUGAGGAAAGGGCAGAGUUCUUUGAUAUUGUCGCACCCACAGUUCGGCAAGGAUAUUCGAAUCCGAUUUCAGAGCAUCACGAUCUCGGAAUCAAGAAGCCGGAGGUGACAUAUUCUAGACCUAUACAAGGCGAUACUUCUAUCCAGCAGGGAUCGGACGAAGUGGAUCCGAUUCCUGAUUUUCAGAUCGAUAUCCCGACAAUCAUUAGCAAGAUAAAGUGGGAAACCCAAAACAAACAACACCAACGGAUCGUGUCUUUAUUGUCUUCAUUGCGCACACCUGAAAUGGAGGAGAACUUGACUACGAAGCCCAUCGAAAAUGCUUCAGAAGGUGAUGAGAAAUGUGCACCCCGCGAUUUCAAGACACCAUUCCAGUCUACAACCGAGACCGUGCUUUCCCAGAACAAAGAUCCAAACACGCCGCUUUAUUCUUGCAAAAUCUGUCACUCCGUGGGGAGAUGGUCAGACGAGGACUUUAUGCAGCGCUUGCAUGAUAGUCAUAAGCAGACAUGGCUUUGCCCUUACGGACGUUGCCAUGUUGUUCACAGUUCCUUCGAUGAGAUGGAGAAGCAUGUGCUCGUGACUCAUCAUGAUUUACUUUCGCGAGAGGUUCUAAGCCAAUAUGUUGCAGAAAGCUGUCCAAUCUGUCAGAAACCUGUCGCCAACCGCGAGGGAUUUGAAGCUUGCGCCUGUCGCCUGUCAUCGGGCUGGACUGCUGAAAAGCCUGCCGAUCAAAAUCCUGUGGAAUCCAAGCACCGUGGUGCUUCCGAAGGAGAAAAACAUCAAAAUAGCAGGGCAAGAAAGAAUGACAACGAGGUGGCGAGAAGCUCAAGUUACUCUAAUGAGGAAAUGACUGAAACGGAUGACUUUGAGUCAGACAUAUCAACCGCACCAUCUAUCUUCUCCUUGGCAACUCUGCCCUCGACGACUAUGACAACAGAUACGCGACUAACUAUGGAUGAGAUGCAGACGGCAAUCGAGGAGCUUGUCGGCAUCUUCUUCUAUGAUAGACGAAUGUCAUCACUCUACGUACAAGCCAUCGUGGAAAAGAAGAUUUCACCAGACCGCUUCGUCCGCAAUUUUCGACGACUAAUAAAGGGAUUUGCAAUGAAUCUCAAAGAUGAAGCGCGUGAAGCAAUUGAAUUCGAUCUUGCAAAGCUAAUCGCAACCCGGGCUUGUCUUAUCGCUGACAAAAUUGGAAGCAAGCUUGAGUUGGGAUACAUGGAUGAGUGGCCGUACACUCCCGCCGCCCGGAACGUUGGAAGAGACUUGACAGCUUAUAUUAAAGCUAAGCCAUCAAUACCAGAAGAAAUCCUCGAGUCAAGCAGUGAUGAGGAUGAAGAACACCUAGAGACAUUUCUGGCGCUGGUGUCUCACGGCCGAAGCUUUAUUCUGGAAAGCGCUGCAUUCGACAACCUACGAAAGGAAUUGGAGGAAUUUGUCAAUCCUAAUCGUUCGGCCGAAUUCUGGUUCGAUAUUAAAUUUAGAGCAUUAGCAUUUGGACUGAGGUUCUCUCCUUCAUUUCUGCGGGGACUUCCGUUGAGGGCCAGUGACUUGGAGUUCCAGAUUAAAUUUGGACCAUCUGCUGCAAUCGAAGGCAGCAUUGUCUUUCGAAGUCUUUGGGGACUUCGGGUAAUAGAUAUAGCUGCAACGAGGGCGAAGCUCCAGGCGAGAGGCAUGGAAAAAUACCCACUUUUGAAUACGAUUCAACGGUUUUGCCGGGGAGAAGGCGACAUACCAGAGAAGCAUAAGCGAUUCAGAUGGACCAACCGGCAUGGCAAAAGACUAUAUGAUGACUAUGUUGAACAUGAACCGGGUGCUCUUCAAGCUCUUCAAGAAUAUUUGGGGGCAACGACAGUGCCGAAAUCGAGAGCUGGUGAUCGUAGUCAAGGUCAGAGCCAAACCUCGUCUGCAGCGGCUCGGUAUACCCCAAAUUCCAGCGGCCUUCACGCAAGGUCCUGUACAUCUACAGCUUCAUCCGGCGAUAUCACCGAUCAAACUAUCGCCGAUCCAGACAGUGAACCUGCUAUAGCCUCUCAAGGCAUGGGAACAGGCAGCCAGUCAUCACGUCCGCUUCUUCUCCUUUCUUGUAUUGACCGCCGUGGCCGGCCAAUGAAGCUACACCAAGAAUACGUCACACAUAUCACCGACGAUCGACAACUCUUCCAUGCACUGCGAAAUAUCUACUUCAGUCACCAACGAAAGUUGGAAUCAUUCUGGUCAUUCAGGACCCUGCAUAGUAUCCAUUUCAUGAAGUUCCUCUACGCCGGCACAAACUACAUAGACAUACGCUGUCACCACGAAAUCUGUAUCCCCGGUCAACCCUGCGCCUGCAUCCCACCACCAAGCCUCGUCCCCCCACACGGGUCAACAUACCAAUGCCGCCCCAUCCCCUCAAAGCACUCCCCACCAGUCGGCCCACGCCUAAUGAUGGAUUUCUUCGCAGACCCGGACAGCCGCGCCCCAGGUUCAGAUCUCGUCAUGCAACAGUUACCCAAGAAACUAGACACCGAACGAACCUCAGAUGGCCUCGAGGUCACCGAGGCGUGGGGGAUAUUCUACCGGGAGGAGUGGAAUUGGAAACGGAUAUGGGGGGUUCUGGUGUUUGGGUUUUUCCCGCCGAGUCUGCUUUUUGGUGUUUUGUGGGGGAUUCUGAGGAAGGAUGUUCAAGGGGCGUUUGGGGUUGCGAGUUGGUGGAUGGCUGGGGCGACGAUUCUGCUUGGGAGUUUUGCGACUGCUGUGUGA